GUCACGUACACACAGACACACACAGACACGUAGACACAGACACGUACACACAGACACGUACACACAGAGACACGUACACACAGACACAGAGACACGUACACACAGACACGUACACACAGACAUAGCGGCGAGAAGAGGGGAGAGCGGAGAGAUUGCGGUAGACGGAGGUGACAGCAAGAGAUGUGGGAAUAAUACCUGGAAGAGCCACAUUUCAAACACAUGGCCAGAAAUAAGUACAAUGGAUUAUAGGAACCCAGUCUCAGGAUCUCAAUUGCGCCUUCUCAGUUCCAGGAACCCCAUGUAUGAAGAUCUGAAAUGAGUGAUGUGAUAUUAUAAAUUCCUGAAACAAAACUUAUUUUCCCAAGCUACUGGGAUGAGGGAUACCUUAAUCAGAUAUUCUGGAACAAUAGUUGCCAUGUCCUGAAAUUCUGGAAUAAGCAAUUGCCUGCAAUUCCCAGCGCAGGGAUUUCACCUCCAUAGUCCUUGGCUCCACAUUUUGGUCACAGCCGGUUGAGUCAUUUUACUGCCUUGGAAAGAGGCAACCAAAGGUAAGGUCUCACAACAGCAGUUUUUGGAAGGACGCACACAUUUGUCCCAUUUAUUGUUAUUUCAAACCAGUUCGAAUUAAAAAAAGGAAACUAAUUCCAAAAACAACAAAAAGUCAAUCAGAGACCCAGCAAUAGUCUCCUUGCUCAAACAAGUGUAUGCCAGUGCCCAUCGCCUUCAGCGUGCUGAAGAUGCCGCAAGCGCCGAGCAUUUAAUUGAACAAAAGUUGACGAUUGAAGCUGAAGGAGGCCAGAGCGAGAUUUCUGGAGGUGACAAGGGGAGAGCAAAGAGAAGAGAGCGACGGUGGUGGAACAAGGAGGAGGACGGUGGAGUCUCACGGCGGGUGACUCGGGCAUGCUGGUUGGUGGCGAGGUCACGACCUUGCGAGAGUGAGCGAGAGAAAGCCAUGAACUCUGCGGAGCAGACGGUGACAUGGCUUAUCACGUUGGGUGUGCUGCACUCGCCCAAGAAGCGCGUGUCCGACCCGGGCGCCUUCCUGCAGCGCUCCCUGCGUGAUGGGCUCGUGCUGUGCCGCCUUCUGGAUCGCCUGCUGCCCGGUUCACUGGAGACAGCCAAGGUGUUCCAGGAACCCAAGGCGGAGGCUGAAUGCGUGAGCAACAUUCGAGAGUUCCUCAAGGGGGUUUCUCAUUUGCGGCUCGAGCUCUUCGAGCCCCAUGACUUGUACAAGGGACAAAACUUUGACUGCGUUCUCAACACGCUGGUCGCACUGAAUAAGGCCACAGCUGACAUCGAGGUGAGCGGAGAGCCAGGCGGCACUCGCCGCUCCACUCAGCGCAACAAAUCCGUGGACUCUGCCUCGGUUCCCCGCUCCUCCAGCACCACGAGCCGCCCCCCACAGCGCCAGUCCAAGAGCCUGGUGAGCAGCGCGGAGAUGACAGAGAGUGGGGGAGGCAUGGUGGUGCGUGCCAAGUUCACGUUCCAGAGGACCAACGAGGACGAGCUGUCGUUCGAGAAGGGCGACGUGAUCACGGUGACACGCGUCGAGCAUGGCGGCUGGUGGGAGGGGGCGUUCAAUGGCCACACGGGCUGGUUCCCCAGCAACUACGUGCGCGAGCUCAAGGCCUCCGAUCGACCCACAUCACCAAAGGCUGUGGGCUCAAAGGGUGGAGCCAAACCCCCCGAGAGCCCUCCAGCUGCCAAGGGCUACUAUGACGUGGUGGUGAAGAACAUCGUGGAGACUGAACAGGAGUACAGCAAGGAGCUGCACUGCCUACUCGCCACGUUCCUACGACCCCUGCAGGCCAGCGACAAGCUGCCGCCGGCAGACAUGGCGCUGCUGCUGGGGAACUUGGAGGUGAUCGCCAGCUUCCAGCAGAGCCUGGUGCACAGCCUGGAGGAGUGCGCCAAGCUGCCAGAGGCGCAACAGCAUGUGGGUUCCUGCUUCAUGAGCCUGCGCUCGCAGAUGGAGACGCUCUACCUGGAGUACUGCGCCAAUCAUCCCUGGGCCGUCAAGGUUCUGCAGGACAACAGGGAGAUGCUGGGGGAGUUCAUGGAGAGUAAGGGUGCGAACAGCCCUGGGAUCCUGAUGCUCACCACAAGCCUCAGCAAACCGUUUAUGCGGCUCGACAAAUACCCAACUCUUCUCAAGGAGCUGGAGCGGCACAUUGAGGACACUCACCCGGACAAGACGGACAUCCAGAUAUCUAUGACCGCGUUCAAGGGCCUCUCGGCGCAGUGCACAGAUAUGCGCAAGCGCAAGGAGCUGGAGCUGCAGAUGGUUACGGAGCCGAUCCAGGGCUGGGAGGGGGAGGGGAUCCGCUCGCUGGGCGGCGUCCUCUUUGUGUCCCACGCGCUCGUGCAGUGCGCCGGCAGCGACGAGCGGAGCGAGCGGUACCUCCUGCUCUUCCCCACUGUUCUCCUGAUGCUGUCAGCAAGUCCUCGCAUGAGCAGCUUCAUUUACCAGGGCAAGUUGCCGCUCACGGGCAUGACGGUCACGAAACUGGAGGACACAGAGAUCGUGCGGAAUGCAUUUGAAAUCACAGGGAACAUGAUAGAAAGGAUCGUGGUAUCCUGCCAGAGCCCCCAGGACGCGCAACAGUGGAUAGAGCAUCUGCACCGGCAAACCAAGGGCCCCGCUGCGGCAUGCAGCACGCCCGGUGCCAAGACGGCGCCCUCGCACAAUCUCCCAUCACCGCCCCCGUCCCACGCCUGCAAGUCCUCAGAUUCGGGGCCCAAAUCUCCGGCGCUUAACCCUGGAUACCACACCCUGCCGCUAGCGGGGGCCCACGGGGGCCACGGGGGGCACGGGGGGCAUGGGGGGGGAGCCUUGUCAGCUGUAUCGCGGGCCCCUCUCGAGCCCCCCCGUCUCGCCAAGCCCUGGAGCCUCAGCUGCUUGAGGCCGGCGCCGCCAUUGAGGCCCUCGGCAGCGCUAAUCUACAAGGAGGAUCUCAGUAAGAGCCCCAAGGCCGUGAAGAAGCUGCUCUCCUCCCGCAAGACGCGGAAACCAUCAGACGACGACCCCACGCUACGCAAAAGCAUGGCGGUGGCGCUGGAGGAGGAUUCUCAGAUCCUGAAGGUGAUCGAGGCGUAUUGUACCAGCGCCAAGACGCGCCAGACGCUCAACUCCAUUUGUCCCCGGGAGGCGACGCCACAACUGCUGCUGCCCGAGGAGGAAAAAAUCAUCAUGGAGGAGAUGAGCGGAAAUGGACAGACGGUCAUCGAGGAGAAGAGUCUGGUGGAUACAGUGUACGCCCUACGGGACCAGGUUCAGGAGCUCAAACAGGAGUCCCAGAGGCUGCGUGUGACGCUGGAGGAAGAGAGCCGCGCGCGCCAGGAUCUGCAGAAGUUGCUGUUGAGGCACCUAAAGCCGAGUGGAGGGGAAGCAGUGUGGGACGAGGGCAGCACCUAGCCACUUGCCACCUCUACAUCUCACCUCAUUCACUCAUCACCUCACUCACAACCUCACAGACUCAUAUUUUCACCAACUGAAUCAAUUACUUUGUGUAAGCAAUUCAAAGAGUCAGUGUUUGUCCAGUGUCACAUCUCAAUAUUCCAAAUUUUAAACGCAAAUGCAAGUUCAUUUUUAAAUCCUUAACUUUGUUUACUAUACGUUAAUAAUAAUCAUCCGUGUAAAGAUAUUCAGAUGACGUCAUUUGCGAGUCUCAGGGCUCUUGCUUGCCAUGUUUGGCCACUUAGUAUGUAACUUUGGAUGUAAACUGGAGUUCACGGAGAAACUCCACAUAUCAGAGAAGACUCCAGCACCCAUUCGUCUUAAACCUACUUGCUGUACUAUCCCUUUGAGCCACCGCCUCCUUAUGCCGCAUCUUGUAUUUUGCUGCACCCAUCCCUGUGUGAUCCACCGACCCUGUUUCACAGUCGUUGGUGAGAAGUGCUCAGCAGUAAAUUUCGAAGUUUGAGAAGCAUCAUGAUUUACUGCUCGUGGUCACUUGAUGUGGAUCCAGCUAGUACAGCUUGAUCUCAUUUGCCCCCCUGUAGCUGCAGAAGAGCAACCCUAAGGACUCGAGAACUUGCGAACCCUUGUAUGGUGGGUCUUAUUGCUAUUUUGCUGCAUGGUUAGUUUUAAACGUGGAUUGUGUAUUUAUAUCUUUAUACCUCUCAGCCUCCUGUGAGAGAGCGCCCGCUGUAAAGGGAAGUGCACGCACUGUGAGAAUACAAAGGCCUCUGGCUCUGACCAUCAUUCACACUGAGCGCUGAGGAUGCUUCCUUGUACAACACAGAAACUCGCUUCCCAAAGCAGACAACGUGUGUCCGGGUCUUCCUCAAUGACGAGCUAUCACUAAAAUGUAAUUAUGAUUCCAUCGUUUUGUCAGUCUAACACAGGCGCUUGUCUCGGGUGGCAAAUAUUAGAGGCGAGCAAUAAUACGUGUCCUCGACAAGAGACUGCACUUGUUAUGUCUUUGUGACGACGCAGUGAGACAAAGCCACCUUUUGACGAAGAGAGGAAAUUUAAAAAGCAAGUUGAAAUGGCUGCAUUCGUCUUUACACUGUAUUCACGUGGUGUGGGUGCUUGGGCUUUAAAUGCCAUCAUCUCUGGGUAAUCUGUGAUUGUGGUAAAAACUAACAGUGUUGAAUGUGUGUGAAGGAACGCGACGCUCGGAGCUCUUGCUGUGGAGAACACUUGUUCUGGGCAGUGGCAUUCAGAGCUGGGUGAGAUCAGUAUUAGGCAGCACUUGGCCAGUGGGAUUGGACAGAUACAAUAGACAGAGAAGCAGACAGCGGCGUCUUAUUGUUACCCAAUACUCAGUGCGCACAGCGUGAGGGAUCCUGUGCAAAACUUGGAGCCACCGCAACAUAAGAAACCCAUUACCUCUUGACAGCGCACUUCCUGUGUUGUGUGAAUUUACCAAUUAUUAUUCACACAUUCAUCUCAGAGCAUUGAGCUUAGUCACCCACUAGGGAUGCGACAAUCCCCGUUCAGGAACUCGUAUGUGUGGCACUUAUCCGUUGAGGUCUGGGCUAUAGAUGGGAUAUUGAGUGUACUGUGAAUCCACAUUAUCCACUAAAGGUUACUGUGCUCUGUGUUGCGAGAUAAACACAUCACUGACCCAGCAUCUUCAACUCUUCCUGUGACCAAAUUGUGAUUUCGUGCCUUAAAUAUAGUCAAGCCACCUACCUAACCUGUCAGAACAUGUCCAUAAAAUUCCAUCUAGGUGCACGUAAGCUACUUUCACGUGUCCAGGUAUAGUGAGCAUAUUAAUGUGAAUUCAUACAGUAACACUGCAUCUAGGACGUUUCCCUCGUUUGUCUUCUUAAAACCAAUACAUUAUGAUGUGUUCUGAACUCGGCUUCAAGACUGGUGAUUGGAGGUGUGAAACACGAUGCAUAAUGACAUAAGUGACUCACCUCCAGCCUCCGUCACAUUAUCGUAGCUAGUCUUAUUAGUAUUUCAUAUAAUCUCUGGGCUGGAUUACGUAGGUGCUAUUGCCAGAUGAUGGGGGUCACUUGAAUGGUUCGUCAUCACCCCUGCAAAAAGACAUGGUACAUCCCUCCUCCACACCAAUGUUCUUUGGAGCGUGUGCGAUAGGGGUGACGCUGUGAUAUCGUGAGGCGUCUGUGCUGCUUGUGAACCUGGGAGGUCUGAGUGAGUCUAUGACCUUAGAAUCGGGGUUCUGGAGCCAUGAACAAGGAAGCCGUGAGCUCCAAAAACGAAACGAACGGUGAGACGGACCUGUUAAGUGCCGGAGGUUAGGCUAGAAGUGCAGGGUUAAGUGGGAGGGUUUGUGCUUGUGACCGAUGUCUAGUUGGUUAUCGUUAGGGGUAGGGUUAGUGGUAGUGGCUCGUUGUCCAGUUCGGAUUGGGAGUGGAGCUGAUGCCAGUUGGCUCGUGUGCCCCCUUCCCCUCUUCAUCGCAACACGCGUCCUGUUCGGCUUGUAGUUCUCUAUCGCAGUUUCUGGUGCCCAAAGGCGUUUCACUGCAAUCUAAAACGCGUCGCGACUGAGAAUCCCUCUGAGCAGGGUGGGAUCAAGAAACGCGUACAGGCGGCUACUUUAAACUGGUCACGAAUGUAAAUUGAGUUGAGUCGGAAAUCGGAACCUUAAUUGCGUUACAAAAUAUCCGUGCUGCUGUCGAUGCCGUCACUCCACGGCUGCUGAGCUCGUGGCGUCCUGCAGCUGUGGACGGGACUCUGGAUGCGUCAUGGCAGCUCCUGUGAGUUGGUCUCAAGGGCAAGGGUUUCACGUAGAGACUUUACCACAUAACCAUGAGAAGAACAGCUGAUACCUGCAUGAAGGUUUCACGUUGCUUUAUUCUCCCUGGGGCUUGUUUCACCCAUCGCGUCCAUUUCAAAUGAAAAAGACUUGAAAUCCUCUUAACAUUUUCUUGAUGCGCUCCUCCCCCCCCCCCCCCGGCCUCGUGUACAAUGGUUUAACAUGCAGCCACAUUCAGACACUGUAUAAAUCCGCAUUGUGAAUGGAAUUCCCAUUGGGGUUGCGAAUGAACUUGUCCAGUUUGUGGCUUUUACUUGUGUUACAGGAGACAAGAACAGUUGUCUAGAGCAACUAAAGUGUAAUUUUCUGCUUCGUCUGCAACUCAAAGUCAUUCAGGUUAUGAGAAACCUAGUUCAAGUUGCUUUGUGUAACUAGCCACAAGUCCCAGGUUGCCUUUGUGAAUCAAAACAGGUUUGGAGCUUUCCUCGGUUAUCCUCAAGGUGACACAAACGUGAACAAUGCAGCCUCACACGGGUAGUGUAACAAAGAUUCAAUCUUGAAAAAUUUGCACUUUUGUUGCUGUGUUUAACCCGCAUUGUUGGAUUCCAACGCCUUUCAUCCACUCUUAGCGCUGAUCUCAUCUGGUUUGUUAUGAUUGCGAGGAGACUGCUUAAAUGGGAAAAAGACUAAUUUUGUGGAGCCACAAACUCAUUAACUGGCCUCGCUGUGACCUGAAAGCCGUUUUCUAGGAACCAAAGUUGAGAUGUCACAGGGUGGUUCCGAAACCUCUCAGUCUCAACACCUCUCAGUCUCAAUACCUCUCAGUCUCAACACCUCUCAACAUCAGGGUGAAUUUGCAGCUGGAAUUGCGUUUCUGUUAUGCGCAGCAUUAAUGGUAGGUAAUGGAGCCACCCUGGACUACAGACUUGGUCUGCAAAUUAACUUUAGCGGUGACAUGGCUGAGCAGUAUCGCAUUUGCUUUUUGCAGAGCUUCGCGAUUUGAAUCAAAAAGUUGUCAUGGUUAACACGAUGGGUGUAGUAACCAUAAAAUAUGCGCCAUCUGCUUCACAGUGAACUUUGAAAAUUCCGUGAUGUCAUUUGGAGCAGAGUAGGUCAUUGUUUGCCAAAAAUGAGAUAAAUUACUCUGAAAUCGCUUAAUUAGGAAACAACACUUGUCGCCCCCUGCUUGGCAGGGCCCUCCUGAAAAUGUUGCUUGAGACUCGGCGAGUCUUUCUAGGAUGAACAAAAGUAACAGUAAAAAACUGUAGCAGCAGUCAAUUGAGGUGCAGAUGUCAACACCACAUGAAUCCAAUGAAACUUGUUUAGCGAUGUGAGGACUUAAUCACAUAACCAUGAGUAGAACAGAUGAUACCUGCAUGAAAAUGAAGCCUGGAUUCUGAUGCAAAAUGCAUAUAACAGGGAGCAUUCUUCCGACUGCAAGUCCAGACAAUGCUCCCUGGUGUUCCAGUUCCUUUGCAAAUGUGCAAGUUUAACACUGUAGUCAGAUUGGUAUGUCUUAUCAGGUGGUCGCCUAGGUUGACUCAACCUGAAAUGAGCACUUGGCGAUGAUCUUGCGUGAAUGCUGGUGGUACACACCUCCAUCCUCAUCCCCUUACCUGCGAAAAUCCACGUUCCUAUGACAGGGACCAGUGUAUCCUUAAGUGAACACAAGGAAACCGUUGACUUCCCUGUAAUAAGUACAGCUGCAGCAGGCGGUACUUAUUUUACCAACCCUGAAGAGACGACAGUGGUGAUGUGAUGAAGGGGCAGUCGACCCUGACCAGGGUGUGAACUUACGGUCUGGAGGUCAGGAACUCUGCUCUAUUGGCCGUGCUACUGUGAGCGGUGGUGUAUCGCUUAAGUAUUAUGAAUGAUUUAAUUUUAGCUGUGGAUAAUUGCCUCAAAGGCUCGUGUAAUAUCAUACUGUUAUAUAAACUCUGCUUAUAAAUGCAUACUUGGAGUUCUUCAGAGUUAUUUUUUCUAUUACGGUGUCUUUAAUAAAGUUUUACUGGUGAAUGCG